UAAUAUUCCUCUAUCCAUCUCUUCCUCUUCUUCGUCUUCUUCCCCCCAAGUUUCCCCUUCCUCCUAUCUCAAUCAGACCAGACAACAAUUGCCGUAUGUCAAUUGUACAGUUCUUUUAAACUUAAGCGGCUUUGUUUCUUUGCAACAGCGGAGCUGUACUAUCAUCCACGGCCCUCAUCGGGACCCGGACUUCGCGGAGCAAAAUAUGGGGAACAGAAGCUGGUUGAUAUUGGCGAUUGUUGCGCUUCUUUUUGCUUGUUCAUCUGGGAGAGAACUCAAGGUUAAGCAUGAAGUUAAUAAACCAGUUUACAACCGUACCCUUGCAAGAAUACUAGUGGAAUAUGCUUCUGCAGUGUAUGUGUCAGAUGUUACCGAACUCUUCACUUGGACGUGCACAAAAUGUGAUGGGUUGACCAAGGGUUUUGAAGUAAUAGAGCUGAUUGUUGAUGUAGAGAACUGCUUACAGGCAUUUGUUGGAGUGGCAAAAGAUCUGGAUGCUAUUGUUAUUGCUUUCCGAGGAACUCAAGAGCACAGUAUACAGAACUGGGUUGAAGACUUGUUCUGGAAACAGCUUGAUUUAAAUUAUCCUGGAAUGCCUGAUGCAAUGGUGCAUUAUGGAUUUUACAGUGCUUACCAUAACACAACAUUACGGCCUGGAGUUUUAAAAGCUAUUAAACAAGCAAAGAAAAUUUAUGGAGACCUUACCAUCAUGGUGACUGGACAUUCUAUGGGAGGAGCUAUGGGAGCAUUCUGUGCACUUGAUCUAAAAGUUAACCGUGAAGCAGAGAAUGUCCAGGUUAUGACAUUUGGACAGCCACGUAUUGGCAAUGCAGCAUUUGCAUCUUACUAUAAACAGUUUCUACCCAAUACAAUUCGAGUCACCCAUGAUCAUGACAUUGUACCACAUUUGCCUCCAUAUUAUUCUUACUUCCCACAGAAAACAUACCACCAUUUCCCUAGAGAGGUUUGGCUCUAUAAUGUUGGAUUGGGAAGUUUGGUCUAUGUAGUGGAAAAGGUUUGUGAUGGCUCUGGCGAGGACCCAACUUGUAGCAGGUCGGUGACCGGGUAUAGCAUUGCUGACCAUUUGGUCUAUUUCGGUGUUGAGUUAAUGUGCAAGAACUGGCAAUCAUGCAGAAUUGUGAUGGAUCCUCGGGUGAGGCAGCAUGGCAAAACUGAUCUGAAAGGAAAUUUUGUUUUGUCUAGGGUUCCAUCCACGCCUAUACUGGAAAUGAAAGCACAGUCACACACUGAGGCCAGCAAUAUCUAGAAUCUCAUUCGUGUCACUUUGUGAAAUCUCUUGCAAGAAUUGUAUUAUCACCACGCAUAACCAUCACGGCUUGUCUUAUGAACUCCCUUCAGAAGGUAUGGUUGAUGUUUAGGUUUCAGGAGGGAUUUGUGUAUAUAGUUACUGAAAUUGUACAAACAACGUUUGUUCAUAGUAUUAAAUAAAUUCCAUAUAAUUAAAAUAACA